AUGGCAAUGCUAUGUCGUGGGCUUCACAUAUUUUCCCCAAUUCAGGUAAGGAUGGUCUAGUUUAUUAAAGGAAAAUGAUCUUUCUGGCAGGCAGUUGUAACUAAGCUAUCAGUCAAAUGACUGGUUGUUUAAACAACACAUUGUGUAGGGUUUUCCAUACAGGGAAAAAAAUACAUUUACAAUAUAUAUUUUUGGAAGCGUUGUAUGUGAAAUUAAAAAAAUUGGCCAAAUGUAUUUUUUAUGAAUUUGUAAAUGUAUUUUAAUUCAUGACAUACAUUUAGUAAAUGUAUUUGGAAUACAUACAUUUGUUUGGAAAUAUAUAAUUUGGCAAAUGUUUGAAAAUAUUUUUUCGGUAUGGGAUAAUCUGAGUUGACUCCUCCUUCAUAGUUAGUACAACAUUCACUUCAUGUGUUGCAUAUUUGAUGAUACAUUAUUUCUGUGUAUUAUUCUAGGCUUUAACAGAAACGACGCCUCUGCCUUGGUUAAUUUCAUUCCGCAGCAAGUUCACCAGAGCACGGAUUCCACAAGAGGUAGGGUGGGCGGUGCUGCAGACUUUCAUCCCAGGGCAGGCCCUACAUCUAAAUGCAAUGAAUGCCUCAACUCAAAGCUACAGUUUCUUACCUAAUGUUACUUAAACUUUGGUCAUAGUCUAAUGGCAGUGAUGUAAUGGAAAUUUCAUUUUUAAAUAAACCCUGGGACUCUUAUGAAUCCAUGGUAAAUCUGUCUUUCUGUGUCUGCAGUUGCUGGACGAGCGGGCUCAAGAGCAUGAGAAGUAUGGUGGAAAUCCGGAGCAGCCCAGUAAACUGCACGUGGUGACGCGGGUCAAAAGCACCAUGCGCCGACCCUACUGGGAGAAGAAGCUAUAUUAUUAUUAUUAUUAUUAUUAUUAUUAUUAAGCUAGUGGAGGGACUCUGCUGCAGAAGGUGGGGUUCAUAUCAGUUUAGAUUAAUAACUUCUCAUCUGGGGGGCUAGCCUAGUGGUGGGAAAUCUUAACCUGUGAGGUCUGGGUGCAGGCUUUUGCUCCAGCCAAGUAGUAAUACACCUGAUUCUACUAAGUGAAGAUUGCCCACCUCUAGACUCUAAUAAGUGUCUGUGUUUUGCAUAGUGUUACCCUUUUCUCUUCCAAGACUUGUAUUUAGUUCAGUUAUCUGUGCUCUGUACUUGAGGUCAUGCAGUGAAGUUGUAAUGAUGAGUCUGAUUGCUAACUUGGCUCUACUCUGAUUGCAGUGGUGUAAAGUAUUGAAGUAAAACUAUUUUAAAGUACUACUGAAGUUGUUUUUGGGGGGUACAGUGCAUUCAGAAAGUAUUCAGACCCCUUGACUAUUUACACAUUUUGUUACGUUACAGCCUUAUUCUAAAAUUGAUUAAAUAGUAUGUUUCCCUCAUCAAUCUACUCACAAUACCCAAUAAUGUCAAAGCAAAAACAGGUUUAGACAUUAAAACAUUUUACAUUUACAUAAGUAUUCUGACCCUUUACUCAGUACUUUGUUGAAGCACCUUUGGCAGCGAUUACAGCCUCAAGUCUUCUUGGGUAUGACACUACAAGCUUGGCACACCAAACUCCAAGCGGGCUGUCAUGUGCCUUUUACUGAGGAGUGGCUUCUGUCUGGCCACUCUACCAUAAAAGCCUGAUUGGUGGAGUGCUGCAGAGAUGGUUGUCCUUCUGGAAGAUUUUCCCUUCUCCACAGAGGAACUCUGGAGCUCUGUCAGAGGGACCAUCGGGUUCUUGGUCACCAAGACCCUUCUCCCCUGGUUGCUCAGUUUGGCCGGGCGGCCAGCUUUAGGAAAGGUCUUGGUGGUUCCAAACUUCUUCCAUUUAAGAAUGAUGGAGGCCACUGUGUUCUUGGGGACCUUCAAUGCUGAAUAAAUGUUUUGGUACCCUUCCCCAGAUCUGUGCCUCGACACAAUCCUGUCUCGGAGCUCUACAGACAAUUCCUUCGACCUCAUGGCUUGGUUUUUGCUCUGACAUGCACUGUCAACUGUGGGGCCUUAUAUAGACAGGUGUGUGCCUUUCCAAAUCAUGUCCAAUCAAUUGAAUUUAACCAAGGUUGGACUCCAAGUUAUAGAAACAUCAAGGAUAAUCAAUGGAAACAGGAUGCAUCGGAGCUCAAUUUCUUGUCUGAAUACUUAUGUAAAUGUAAUAUUUCCAUGUUUUAUUUAUAAAUUAGCAAACAUUUCAAAAAAACGUUUCGCUUUGUCAUUAUGGGGUAUUGUGUGUAGAUUGAGGAUUUUGAAAUGAUGAUACUUUUACUUUUGAUACUUGAGCAUAUUUUAGCAAUUACAUUUACUUUUGAUGCUUUUUUACUGGAUGACUUACUUGAGUAAUUUUCUAUUAAGGUAUCAUUACUUUUACUGAAGUAUGACAAUUGGGUACUUUUUCCACCACUGUGAUUUUUCAUUGCUCCUCCUCUACUCAGGCAUACAUACCUGUAAUUCACAAGAACAUCCCUUCAGUCAACAACCAGCUGAAAUGUAUCAAACACCUUGUGAGGUAAGACCUAAGUUAUUAAUUUGACAUUAGUACAGGGCUAAUAUCACAUACAUAAUUUAAUUCCUGUGAAGUAUAUGCUGCUGUAUACCUGUUGAGUGUCAUGUGAAAUCCAUAGAUUUAAGGCCUACUGAACUUAUUUCCGUUGACUGAUUUCCUUUUAUGAACUUAAAUUGUUGCAUUUAUAUUUUUGUUCAGUGUAUAACCACAUUCAUUACAGAAUACCAUUGAUCCCUCGUUCUCUCUGUCCAGGAUCCAGCCACUCAAGCUGCCCCAUGGUCUCCCUGAUGAGGAAGCUGUGGCAGACACCUACCUGAACAACAAAGGAGAGCUGAUCGUACGCCACCUUCUCAAACCUGUAGAGCCCAAAGCCUUCAAGUCAUAG